CAAGGCAUCCUGUCUUUCCUUUUUAGGUUUUUUUUCUUCAUCGAUAAUCAAACCCCCAUCGGCACAGGGCACGAGCCGCCGGCGAGGAAAAUUCGGAAAAUUUAGAUCGGAGGACUUGGGCGUCGCUUUCCACAAAGAUCUCAGAUUUCGCAUCUAAUGGAUUCGAUGUCACAUAGAGAAUUCAUAUGAAUUUCGAGAUGAUGGAAUCCAUCUGGUCACACGAUCAACCUCCGCUGGUUCCUUCACCAAAACCAGUGGCUCGCCAAAGGUCUAGGAGCGUCUUCAGGUUGCUGGUUCAGAGAGAGAUUUCACCUAAAACAAAGUCUGUGCCUCGGAAACGAUGGGGCGUUAGGCGAUGUGAUACUGCUGAUUCACCCUGUGGAACCAGUGGCGAAACUGUGAACGAGCAGAGACAUAAUCUUAUUUCAUGGGUUGAGGCAGAGUCAUUGCAGCAUUUAUCUGCUGACUACUGUCCUCUUGUGCCUCCUCCAAGGUCAACUAUCGCAGCAGCUUUUAGUUCUGAUGGAAGAACUCUUGCUUCUACUCAUGGGGACCACACUGUAAAGAUUAUUGAUUGUGAGACUGGAAAAUGCUUAAAAGUUCUGAGCGGCCAUCGGAGGACACCCUGGGUGGUCAGAUUCCACCCACGCCACUCAGAAAUAGUUGCUAGUGGAAGUUUAGAUCAUGAGGUGCGCUUGUGGAAUGCAAUAACUUCCGAGUGUAUUAGAUCUCAUGAUUUCUAUCGACCUAUUGCUUCCAUAGCUUUCCACGCUGAAGGUGAUAUACUUGCUGUUGCAUCUGGUCAUAAGUUGCACAUAUGGCAUUACGAUAAGACAGGGGAGGACGCAACACCAGCGAUUGUCUUGAAGACGAGGCGUUCCCUGAGAGCUGUACACUUCCAUCCACACGGGGUUCCUCUUCUCUUGACUGCAGAGGUGACUGACAUUGAUUCAUCAGAUUCCGCAAUGACUAGAGCAACAUCUCCAGGCCAUUUGCGAUAUCCACCUCCUGCUAUUUUCUUCACCAACACUCGGAGUGGUGGCAGUCAUACCAGUAUGGCAGCGGAACUGCCACUUGUGCCAUUACCGUACUUGCUUUUGCCGUCAUACUCUCCUGAUGAUCCAAGAAUCCAAUAUUCUACUGCUGCUACUGGUCCAAGGAGUGCACAAUCAAGGUUUCAGAGUAAUCCAAGUUCAGUAGAACACGGAGGCAGCAGAACAAUUUCUACUCCUCCUCCUCCUCUUCCCUUGGCUAUUUCCGGUGAUCUUGUCCCAGAAACCUCCCAAGCUAGAGCUAGAACUUCGACCACUGCCGUUGAUGCUAUGGAUAUAGAUGAAGCUCAACCUGUUGGUGGAGGAAAUGGGGGAAUUCCCAGGCAAGUGUCAAGUCAAUCAGAUUUGCUCGAGUUUGGACAGUUUCAGCAAUUAUUUCACUCAAGAGACAGAGUUUCGUGGGAGGUACCAUUUCUACAAGGGUGGUUGAUGGCUCAAAGCCAGGCUGGUGUUCUUCCCACUGGUAGUAGUGGCACAGCUCCUUCUCAUACAGGCUCUUCUUCAGCGUCUCAUACAUCCACAGCCAGUCUAGAGGCUGCAGUGGCCUCGUUAGAAAUUCCUGGUGGUGUUAACUUAUAUGGGGUUUCUGCAAGAGACCGAACCCGCUUCGCAGGAUCUGGAUCUGGUUUAGCAGGAGGUCUUGCCUCUCGUAACGCUCAACAGGAAGCUGGAGCUGAUGCUCAGCCUGUGGUAAACAGACUCCCCUCCGAACUGGCUUCUUCGAUUGCUGCUGCAGAGUUGCCUUGUACUGUCAAACUUAGAGUGUGGGCACAUGACAUCAAAGACCCAUGUGCAAUACUAAGGUCCGACAAGUGCCGAUUAACAAUACAUCACGCUGUUCUUUGCAGUGAAAUGGGAGCCCAUUUUUCGCCAUGUGGGAGAUAUUUAGCAGCUUGUGUUGCAUGUGUUAUUCCUCAUGCUGAGGCAGAUCCUGGUUUGCAGACUCUGGUCCAACAAGAUUCAGGCCUUGCAACUUCCCCUACUCGGCAUCCUGUAACAGCACAUCAAGUCAUGUAUGAACUUCGUGUGUAUUCUCUCGAAAAGGAAACAUUUGGUUCAGUGCUUGUGUCACGGGCAAUUAGGGCUGCUCAUUGCUUGACCUCUAUCCAGUUCUCUCCAAACUCCGAGCACAUAUUGCUUGCAUAUGGUCGGCGUCAUGGUUCUCUUUUGAAGAGCAUUGUGAGUGAUGGAGAAACAACAUCACACUUUUUCACAGUGUUGGAGAUUUACAGAGUUGCAGAUAUGGAACUGGUGAGAAUACUUCCAAGCUCAGAGGAUGAAGUUAAUGUUGCUUGCUUUCAUCCUUCUCCUGGAGGAGGUCUUGUUUAUGGAACAAAGGAGGGGAAGCUUAGGAUCUUCCGGUACAACACAGCUGCUGCGUCCAACCUCACUGCACCAAACAGCUCACCUGAGGAGAACCUGGCCGAGGUAGAAUUAUUGAGAAGGUGCAGACUUAUGCAUUAGAAUGCUAGGCAGAGGGCUAUCUCAACUGUACACACAGACGGAUCUUGCAUAGUGGGCGUAUUCACCUUCUUCUGUUUCUUGGGUUGCUGGCUCUGCUUUAUAGUUCUUCUCGGUGUGCGGUUAGAGAAUCUGAGAAGCUUUUCACAAGCUUGAUGUCAUCUUUCUUGUACUGCGGAAGGUCUCUAGUUCGGAUGAUGGCCUUCUCAGUUUGCGACCUUUACUAUAAAAAAAAAAAAGUUCGAAGCAUGUUUCUUUAAAUCAGUUAUUUGAAAGACUGCAGUAAAAAUGUGAAAAAGAAAAAAAAAUGUUGUGUUUGUUUUUGUAGCUUUGUAACUAGGUCUGUAACGACGUUUCUUCCUUUUGUAUGAUUUAUCUUUACAUUGUU